GCCUAGGCCCGGCGGGCUUUAUCCGGCAGGAGUCGCAGAUUCGCGGUUGUUUCGCUCUUAUCUUGCGACAUUUAUAAACCGGGACGCUGCAUGCGCGAUCCUUUUCUGUAUUGUAUUGUCCUCGCUUCCUCUCCUCGUUGGGUUCAGUGUCGCGAUCUUCUUGUUGUGCAUCACUGUCGCGUGCCAACAGCUACCCAGUGAUACGACUAGCUUUUGAUAAAUGAACAAUCGGAAGGCUCGGUUGCCUGUCCACUCCUCGUUAUGGCGCACCUAUAUCCUAGAGAUGAAGUCCUAAAAGGCAACUUUUAUAGCCCAGCACCCAAACAUUAUAGCUCGCAGACUAAGGCGACCCCUCUCCAAGCUCGCCCGGAGCUCUACGGGGCUUGGUCUGUGGUAGAUAGUGCCAAAGAUAAGGCUGUCAAGCUUAGCAAUGAAGCUGCCAAGGAAUUUGAAAAGGCCAGCUCCGCGGCUCAAGCCAAGACGGGAAAGAUUGAACUAUACUCUGGAAAAUACUAUGCGGCAUGUACUUUUGGAGGAAUGAUGGCAUGUGGUCUCACUCACACGGCUGUAACGCCUCUUGAUUUCGUCAAAACACGCCGCCAGGUCGACUCGUCGCUUUACAAGAGCAAUUUUGAAGCAUGGGGAAAGAUUUAUCGCGCUCAAGGUCUCCGCGGCAUCUUUACUGGUUGGAGCCCAACCUUCUUUGGCUACUCUGCACAGGGUGCUUUCAAGUACGGAUGGUACGAGUACUUCAAGAAGACAUAUUCCGACAUUGCUGGCCCGGAGGCUGCCCACAAGUACAAAACUAUUUUGUAUCUGUCCGCCUCAGCCUCCGCUGAAUUCCUGGCCGACAUUGCUCUUUGCCCCAUGGAAGCUGUUAAAGUUCGAAUGCAGGGAGGCUCACCAAAUCCCUACACUGGCGCCCUUGAUGGAUUCAACAAGAUUACUGCGAAGGAAGGUUAUGCCGGACUUUACAAAGGCCUUUAUCCUCUGUGGGGCCGACAAAUCCCAUAUACUAUGAUGAAGUUUGCCUCGUUCGAAACCAUUGUUGAGAUGAUCUACGCUCGCUUGCCCGGAGAAAAGAAUGACUAUAGCAAGGCUGCUCAGACCGGUGUCUCCUUCACCGGUGGUUACCUCGCUGGUAUUCUUUGCGCCAUCGUUUCUCACCCCGCAGAUGUCAUGGUGAGCAAGCUCAACUCGGUUCGCGAGCCCGGCGAGGCUUUCGGUUCUGCCGUCGGUCGCAUCUACAAGGACAUCGGCUUCAAGGGUCUUUGGAACGGCUUGCCAAUGAGAAUUGUCAUGAUUGGCACUUUGACCGGUCUCCAAUGGAUGAUUUACGACUAUUUCAAGAUCUUCAUGGGCUUGCCCACCACCGGUGGUCCGGCGCCGCCUCCGGAGAAGAAAUAGAGUAUAGAUGGGCAAGAAUGAGCUGGCGAAAACAGAUUUGCUAGGAACUGGAUCCUAGAUUUGCUAUGAAGUAAUUUGUGAAUGUGGACGUCUGCUUCUCCCGUAAUAUGGGUUAAAUUUCAAAGUUCAACGAUGACCUGAACACGUUGUGCCUCAUUAGUCCCUCUUUCCGAGUAAUACAUGUUGACGAUAUUGCAUAUCUCUCCUAUUUAGGCGUGUUACAGUCAGAAUCGGUGUUUGGCAACGAAGUUCGCGUAGCAGCUGCUGCGACUUGGAGCUUCAGGGGGAUCGUCAGGUUUACUACUACUAGUUAGACGCCCCUUGUUCUACCGUGGUGCUUAUGUCGUGAUGCUCGAGAUUAC